GGGUUCGAUUCCUCCUUUUUCCAUUUCCAGUUUUUUCCCGGCGUCAUUGUUCGUCAUCUUCAACGUGAGCCAGUGAAAUCACCAUGGAUCCCAAUCCGAGAAAGCAUCGAUUCAAACCGAAGGUUCCUCAACGCAACCGCAAGCCCUCCGUCGCCAAACCUGAGGACGGUGAUGGAGACGCAGAAGUUGCUGAUACCGACAAACUCAUCGAACGUUUCAAUGAUAUUCAGAGGCUACAAAGACCUAAAGUCGAAAAGAAAGCUUCGGCUCAAGUUGCAUUUGGCCCUGGUGCUGCAUCCUCAUCGACUUCAAUAAGGAAAUUUGGUUCUCAAAGAGCUAGGGAUGCUAAAGAUACUGACGCUGUGAUGAACAUUCCUGCUGCUUAUAAUGAGAAACUCGUUAGUACUAGUUCUUUUCACUCACCUAUGAAGGAAGAUGGAUGUGAGGAAUUUUCAACAGAUAGUAUCAACACAUCAGCACCAAGUACUAAAAAGGAAUACAGAGAACCUUGGGAUCACGAUUCUGAUUACCAUCCAAUCACUCUUCCUCUGAGAAAACCCAAUUCUGGUGACCCAGAGCUACUUGAUGAAGCAGAAUUUGGGGAAGAAGCAACAAAAGCAGAGUAUGAUGAAAACACUAUUAUUGCUGCUGAAGAGCUUGGUCUUCUGGAUUCUCAGGAACCCAAGCUGCUUUUUCUUCAGCUUCCUAAGAAGCUACCCUUUGAUAAGCUGUCAGAAAGCAGAAAGGGAAAAGAGAAAGUUGAUAGCUCAGCUUUGCCAGAAAGAUCAGAGGCUGUGAAGAAGCGCUCUGACUUGGAAGAGUUGCCUGCUGGAUAUAUAGGUAAAAUGCUGGUUCACAAGAGUGGCAAAAUCAAGAUGAAGCUGGGAGAAAUACCAUAUGAUGUAUUUCCCGGUCCGCCUACUGUAUUUGCCCAGAAUGUUGCAGCCAUCAAUACUGAAGAGAAACAGUUCUGCAUCAUUGGAAGCCUUGACAAACGGGCAGUUAUUACUCCAGAUAUUGAUUCCAUCCUAAAUUCUGUGAACGACUCAGAAUUGCCUCAAAAAAAGCAGAGUUCGGGAUCAUCCAAAAACAAACAGAGUUGACAGGAACUGCUUUAACAGAUUUUGGCCAUGGCAGAGAAGCCGUUUCUUUAAUUGGGAAUGCAUAUGAAGCAUGACUCUAGUAAACCCAGGACUAGUUUGUAUAGCAAUGUACCAGGGUAGUGCAUGAAACAAUAAUUCUUGACCUAUGUUUUUGCUCAACUGGAAAUUAGUUCUGAAAAUUUGAAAAAACAAAGAAACUAGAAACAAAUGACGAUUGGGAGACCCAUUCCUUGUUAUAAU